AUGGAGCCGUGGCUGCCGGUGCUCCGCCACAUGCUCGCCUCCUCCGCCCCCAACGCCGCCGCCUUCUCGUCCUCGAGCAGCAGCCCCUGCUCUGCUCCUCCGGCUGCGGGCCUCCUCCGCAUCCUCCUCUCCCCGGUACCCACGCUCCCCGCCGCCGAGCCCACGGCCGUCCUCUUCCAGACCCUCCCGCCCUUGCUUCAGUCCCAGGCGCUCUCCUUCCUGUCCUCCUCCGCCUCCCUGCUCGACCCGCUCCAGCUCCGCUCGCUCGCCUCUCGCGUCCUUUCUGCCCCGCCCGGCCGGUGUGAUGAAUUCUGGGUCCGCCGGGGCGCCCACCACCUGCUCGACGGAUUGCCUGACAAAGACGCUCCUGAUGUCCCCUGGGAGUUUAACGAGGAGUUCCACGAGCCACCGCCGUGGCUUAAAGAAGAGGCGGCGCGGACACCACCUGUCCUUCCGUGGCUGCCUCUCGAUUGCCGGAGCUUGAUGCCUGGUGGGGCCCGCGUCGGCGGGGAUGGUUUAGAUGGAGUUGGGUUGGAGUCUCUGGGGCUGGAGCAAGAUGAGUAUUCGUUCAUACAGGAGGAGGUUGGGCGUGCUCCUUCUCCUCCGUCUCCCCCACUUGGAAAUUCAGUCGUUCAUAAGGCUCUAGCUCUGAAGAAGGAGAUUGAGAUGUCAGAGUCAAUUUUGGGUGCUCAGCAGGCAGCGAACAAUUUGCAUGAUCUCUGCCUUGAAUCCGGGAAUGCUGAGGCAGUACUUAGCUUAGUGCAGCCAUGGGAAGCUGAUGAUGACACAGUGAGGGUUCUGCUUUCAAAUGUGGUACUCGAGGAAGAUGGGAUGCAUGGAAAAGGGCCGGCACUUGUGCUGUGUUCUCUUAUCCUACCGAAGUUACUUGACCUUCAAAGAGCAGCUUCAUCUGGUCUUCUUUCUGCAGCAUUAGAUGUCUGCAAACGUCACCCAGCUGCUGCACUGGAGGCUGUCCUCUUCCCACUAGUUCUUAGAAAACAAGGCCUGAAUGCUCCUCAGUGCGAUGUGCUCACACGGAUUGUCAGGGACUGCAUGCAUCCUUUGCAUGUCACCGCCUUCUGUCAUAGGUUGCUUUCAGGGGAGGAGGGAGAGAGGAAACCGAUUUGUAUGCCUCAGCAUCGGGAAAAUAUUGGCCGCGAUUUGGUCUGGACAGAAUCUCUCUUUGCACUAUUCUACAACAUUCUCAGUCAAGACAUUUGCCUAACACCAAGCACCAUCGAGAAGCUAGUGUACAUGAUUGAUGAUAUGGCAAUAAAGUUUCCAAAGUCGCUUAAAUUUGGCAACUUUUUCCUGUGCUUCGUCUCGAAGUGUUGGCAUGAAUGUAAGAUUCACAGGGUUUUACUUGAGACAGCUGCCGAGACAACCAACACUUUUUUGACUAAAGCUAUUCUGGUCAAACUGCGGCCUGCUAAUUGA